GCUCAUCUCUGUCCUGUGGUUGGAUCUCCAGAGCUUCAGAAUCUAGAGGCUCGCUGUCUGAAGCCUGCUGCCCAGCAAAGUCUCCUCUCUGUGGGCUCAGUGAGGCUAGGGUUAGGGGUUAGAGCUGGAGCUCUCUGUCCAUGGCUAAACUACCGGUUACUUCUACUUACUGAGCUCUGGUGCCUCAAGGUUUUCACAAAGGAUUGGCUGGAGAGGGAAGGGAGGGAGAGAGGAGGGUUUGGGGGAGGGAGGCUGUUUUUCUACCUCCUUUUCUCCCUGUCUUUUUUAGAAUGACCCAGCCCACCUCUGAUGUCACUGGUCUGAGAAAAAUAGUAAAUAUCAGAAGAACCUCCUCCUAAAAGUUUCACAUCUUCCACCAUUCCUGUCCCGGUUUCUUUUUUUUAAGGAAAUCAGUUUGAACUCUCUUUGUUUGGGGGUAGGGACAGCAGACACACACACAGGUCCAGGUCUGCCCCAGUAACCCCCAUCGCACUAGUACUCCAAACUCACCAGCCUCUUUCUGGGUUACUCCUCUGUGCUUAGACCCCUCUGUGUGAGUCAGUCAGACUCCCUCCAUCCCUUCCUCCCCAGGCUGUAGUGAUAGAGUUCAUGCUGUGCCACAGUAAUCCUGAUGUCGUCUCUGGGUUUACAGCAGCUUCCUUUAGACACUAUGUAAUACAGACAGCUGUGCGUGAGUGGAUGUUUGUGUGGUGUUUGUAGGUCACACUGAUUUGUAGAGAGAUGCAAAGGAGACCCCAGGUGUAUGGAGAGACCCUCUUCCUCACCUCCCCUCCUCCCUCCCUCAGCCAUGUGAGAUGUCAGAAAGAGAGCAGAUGAUGUACAUGUAACCCACCAGAUGGGGAGUUUCAUGUCACACACACUUCCAGAUAGAACGCUGGAAUGAGAAGAAGGGAAUCAGGGGAGAGUAAAGUAGGAGAAGAGGGCCCUUUUUUUCCUAGGACUUAGUAACUGCUUCCUGCUCUUGUCCCAGAUUUGUGUGUGUGUCCACGUGCGUUCUGGGCAGACUUCACUCUUGCAUGACUAACUGUGGUCAUCCGCUAUGAAAUGACCAGUAAUGGCGGUUAAGCCUUCACUGUCUCUACCGCUCUUUCUUCUUCCCUAUAUCUCCCUCCUUUCCUCCCCUUCUCUCUCUGCUUCUAAUCAGAGUAUGAUGGUAUGACAGUCAUAAGGCUCUAUGUUGAGUGGUGCUGGGAAAGGGGAGAUGAAUAGAACAGGGAUAGAAGGCAGUAGAGAGGAGAAGAUAAUGACAGAUACAUGGAGAGGAAGAUGUAGGAGACGGGCAGUUAAAUGGUGCUGUAAAUUCAUCUCAAUUUCCAGAGAUGAAAACCAGCUACUGCCUUUGUCUCCUAAUGAUAAUAUUUGUGUAAUGAGAGACUGAGAAGCUUAGAGCUGUAGUACUGCCAGGGAGAGAGAGACCGAGAAAGAGGGAGCUGGCUGGGCUCAGAAGAGGAGUGUUACAGCCUGAGUUUAAAAUGUAUUACAUUUAGAUUUUGCGUCACCGGCCUACACACAAUACCCCAUAAUGUCAAAGUGGAAUUAUGUUUUAGAAAUGUAUACAAAUUAAUAAAAAAUGAAAAGCUGAAAUGUCUUGAGUCAAUAAGUAUUCAACACUUUGUUAUGGCAAGCCUAAAUAAGUUCAGGAGUAAAAAUUAGCUUAAUAAGUUGCAUGGACUCUGUGUGUAACAAUAGUGUUUAACAUGAUUUUUGAUUGACUACUUCAUCUCUGUACCCCACACAUACAAUUAUCUGUAUGGUCCCUCAGAUGAGCAGUGAAUUUCAAACGCAGAUUAAAUCACAAAGACCAGGGAGGUUUUCCAAUGCCUCGCAAAGAAGGCACCUGUUGGUAGAUGGAAAGAAAAUAAAUCUGACAUUGAGUAUCCCUUUGCGCAUGGUGAAGUUAAUAAUUACACUUUGGAUGGUGUAUCAAUACACCCAGUCAUUACAAUGAUACAGGCGUCCUUCCAAACACAGUUGCCAGAGAGGAAGGAACCCGCUCAGGGAUUUCACCAUGAGGCCAAUGGUGACUUUAAAACAGAGUUGAAUGGCUGUGAUUGGAGAACUGAGAAUGGAUCAACAACAUUGUAGUUACUCCACAGUACUAACCUAAAUGACAGUGAAAAGAAGGAAGCCUGUACAGAAUACAAAUAUUCCAAAACAUGCAUCCUGUUUGCAAUGAGGCACUAAAGUAAAACUGCAAAAGCUGUGGCAAAGAAAUUAACUUUAUGUCCUGAAUACAAAGCAUUAUGUUCGGGGCAAACACAACACAGCACUGAGUACCACUCUUCAUAUUUUCAAGCAUGGUGGUGGCUGCAUCAUGUUAUGGGAAUGCUUGUUAUCGGCAAGGACGAGGGAGCUUUUUAGGAUGAAAAGAAACAGAAUAGAGUUAAGCACAGGCAAAAUCCUAAAGGAAAACCUGGUUCAGUCUGCUUUCCAACACACUGGGAGACAUUCAACUUUCAGCAGGAUAAUAACCUAAAACACAAGGCCAAAUAUCCACUUGAGCUGGUGCAAUCAAUUACCUUCAGAAGUAACAUAAUUAGUUAAAUAAAGUGUCACGUGAUCUGUCACGUGAUCUCAGUAUAUAUACACCUGUUCUGAAAGGCCCCAGAGUCUGCAACACCACUAAGCAAGGGGCACCACCAAGCAAGCUGCACCAUGAAGACCAAGGAGCUCUCCAAACAGGUCAGGGACAAAGUUGUGGAUAAGUACAGAUCAGGGUUGGGUUAUAAAAAAAUAUCAGAAACUUUGAACAUCCGACGGAGCACCAUUUAAAUCCAUUAUUAAAAAAUGGAAAGAAUAUGGCACCACAACAAACCUGCCAAGAGAGGGCUGCCCACCAAAACUCACGGACCAGGCAAGGAGGGCAUUAAUCAGAGAGGCAACAAAGAGACCAAAGAUGAAGGCGCUGCAAAGCUCCACAGCGGAGAUUGGAGUAUCCAAUGUGCCCAUAGGACCACUUUAAGCCGUACACUCCACAGAGCUGGGCUUUACGGAAGAGUGGCCAGAAAAAAGCCAUUGCUUAAAUAAAAAAAAUAAGCAAACACGUUUGGUGUUUGCCAAAAGGCAUGUGGGAGACUCCCCAAAUAUAUGGAAGAAGGUACUCUGGUCAGAUGAGACUAAAAUUGAGCUUUUUGGCCAUCAAGGAAAACGCCAUGUCUGGCGCAAACCCAACACCUCUCAUCAUCCUGAGAACACCAUCCCCACAGUGAAGCAUGGUGGUGGCAGCAUCAUGCUGUGGGGAUGUUUUUCAUCGGCAGGGUCUGUGAAACUGGUCAGAAUUGAAGGAAUGGUGAAUGGCGCUAAAUACAGGGAAAUUCUUGAGGGAAACCUGUUUCAGUCUUCCAGAGAUUUGAGACUGGGACAGAGGUUCACCUUCCAGCAGGACAAUGACCCUCAGCAUACUGCUAAAGCAACACUCAAGUGGUUUAAGGGGAAACAUUUAAAUGUCUUGGAACGGCCUAGUCAAAGCCCAGACCUCAUUCCAAUUGAGAAUCUGUGGUAUGACUUAAAGAUUGCUGUACACCAGCGAAACCCAUCCAACUUGGCCUCCCGAGUGGCGCAGUGGUCUAAGGCAGUGCUAGCUGUGCCACUAGAGAUCCUGGUUCGAAUCGAGCUCCAGGGAUGUAUCUCAGUUGGUGGAGCAUGGCGUUUGCAACGCCAAGGUUGUGGGUUCGAUUCCCACGAGGGGUAUAUACAUUUUUUAUUAAAAAUAAUGUAAGUCGCUCUGGAUAAGAGCAUCUGCUAAAUGACUUUUUUUUUUUUUUACCUUGAAGGACCUGGAGCAGUUUUGCCUUGAAGAAUGGGCAAAAAUCCCAGUGGCUAGAUGUGCCAAGCUAAUAGAGACAUACCACAAGAGACUUGCAGCUGUAAUUGCUGCAAAAGGUGGCUCUACAAAGUAUUGACUUUGGGGGGGGGUGAAUAGUUAUGCACGCUCAAGUUUUCUGUUUUUUUUGUCUUAUUUCUUGUUUGUUUCACCCCCCAAAAAAAAGUGGUAGGCAUGUUGUGUAAAUCAUAUGAUACAAAAGUCAAGGGGUGUGAAUACUUUCUGAAGGUACUGUAUACAGUAUAGUUAACACCAUCACUCAACACUCAUGUUUAUGUAUAUAUGAAUGACAGCAGGAUAGAAAAUUGCAUGGGUGGUUUUGUUUAUUAGUGGUAUUUGUGUGGUACACAUUCCACUCAUGUCCGUUUUAUGACUACUCCAGUGUGAUGUCAUCAGACUGGCAGCCAUAUUAAUUACCCAUGAGUCCUCAUUCCAGGAGACACACACAGAGAGCUGUAUGGCAGCCAAGCUCCAUCGUGCCACUAAACUGUGUGUGUGUGAUCAGAAUGGUCCCUGGUGUUGUUUUGUAUCAUGCCUCGGACAGAUGGGCCGUGUCCUCAUUUGGCUGGAACGACAGAGGUCUGAGAGAUGGAGAGGAAGAGAAAUGGAGAGGGAGGGAGUGAAGGAAAGAUUGGUUGGUCUGCAGGGCAACUAAUGCAAUCUUUUUCACUGAGUCAGCAGUUUCUGUUUUCUGUUUACAUUCAUGUUUGUUUGUUUGUGUGUGUGUGUGUUUGUAAGAAAAUCAAUGCUGAAGUGAUGUUAGUUCCCAUGGCAAUGGCGGCCUCCGUGUACUUACCACAAAUGCCUUUUUUGCUAAGUUCGCCAUAUUGUACAUUGCUCUCAUUACUCUUUUUUUGUAAAGGCAUUAGCGCACUACACAUGAUCCCAAUCCUAGCUCCAAGACAGCGGCAAAAAUAAAAAAUAAAAACUAGAUUGGCACAUUGAACCAUGUUGCGUGCCUUAGUUUAAGAACUCUGUGGGUAGUGCUAAAACAAUGUUGUAAUAUCUGAAUUCCUACAUCUUUAUGCACCUUCGCCAUUGCAUUUGUUACUCUUGUAUUUGUUAGUGUUCUAGGAUUCUAUUUAGCCUAGGAUCUCCUGUGUUUAAGAGUGUUUAACCAUGACGUUGUCUACAAGUCUUUUACUCUUUCUCUCUCUCUCUCGCUCUCUUUCUCUCUGUAGGUAUGUAUCUGUCUGACCUGACAUAUAUAGACUCAGCGUAUCCCUCUACUGGCAGCAUCCUGGAGAACGAACAGAGAUCCAACCUCAUGAACAACAUCCUGAGGAUUAUAUCUGACCUGCAACGCUCCUGCACCUACGGUACAUGCGCGCGCACACACACACACACACACACACACACACACCUCCCUGCUCCAUAUCCUAAGACCAUUCUCUCGGUCUCUGUAGAUAUACCAGUGUUGCCUCAUGUCCAGAAGUAUCUAAACUCAGUCAGGUACAUCGAGGAGCUACAGAAGUUUGUGGAGGAUGACAACUACAAGUGAGUAGUGGCUCUGUUACGUUAAUGGAGUUUGAUAAGGUGACAUUUAUUGGAAGUCAUAAUCAGGUGUGUUUAGUGUCUACUUCAGGUGUGUGGAAUGUAAUGUGGUCCUCAUGUGUAAUGUUGUGUUCAGGUUGUCGUUGAAGAUUGAGCCAGCCACCAGCACCCCUCGCUCUACUGCCUCUAGAGAGGACCUCGUAGGUCCCGACGCUUCUGCGUCUCCUCUGUGUGGCCAUAAGGGCCCCAUCGCAGACGGAACCAAAGUCCCUCCCACGCCCCCCUCCCCUAGGAACCUCCUCCCCUACGGACACAGAAAGUGUCACAGCCUGGGCUACAAGUGAGUCACCUCAACACUGCAGGCUCACUUUAGCAUCCAUUACCCCAUAAUCCUCUGAAUUCUAUGCCAUAAUCACCCCUAUGUGCUUUUUUUAGUGGUUUCGCAAAUUUUACUGCAUUGGUUCAUUAUCAUAUGUUUUCUAAUAGUUAUUUUGUUUCUCUGUAGUUUUAUCCAUAAGAUGAAUACAGUGGAGUUUAAGAGCGCUACGUUCCCCAAUGCUGGUUCUCGUCAUCUAUUGGACGACAGCGUCAUGGAGAGCCACACCCCUACAAGAGGACAGGCCGAGAGCUCAACGCUCUCUAGCGGCAUCUCACUGGGUUAGAUAGACACACACACACACACAACUGUGUUUUGAUUCCUGUCUGUUGACUUUGACAAUAACACGUCUGUCUGUCUGUCUGUCUGCAGGGAGCAGUGAAGGUUCAGAACUCAGUGAAGAGAUGUCCUGGCCAGCCUUCGAGAGGUAAGUCUGUACACACACACACACACGAUUUGUGAAGCUCUUUGACCAAAAUUUAGCCUACAGGCAAGCAGCACUCGCUGCCUUCUGAGCUGCUCUCCUCUACUAGUCUCUCUCACUGGCUCCAUGCUAGUGUGAUUGAUGUGCUUUAGUAAUGCCUAGGCUUCAGCUCAGUGGGCGAACACAGUCUUGGCGUGUGCAGACUAUUGAGGUUCAAUCCCAGUAACAGGUCACAGAAGCCCUUAUUUCCGACCGUCCGUUGCUCUGUACCAAAAACACCAGUCCUGAAAGAACCUGAAAAACCUUUUGCAAAAGAACAACCGUCCUGAACCCAACCCUCACACUUUGCCAAAACAACAACAACCUUAACCUUUACGACCUUAACACUAAUCUGAACCUACAUUGUGCUACAAUGAGCUGAGAGAACCCGACCUUAACAGUGUUCCGUGCCCCCACCCUGUGCCUGUCCCACCCUAUCCUCUGCUGAACAGGACUCGGUUCUAUCACUCUCUGGGGCCUGUGACCCGCGUGGCCAGAAUCCCCUACAGAGGAGGCCUGAGGCCCAGCAGGUACACACACAUUAUGCCCCUUCUUCUCCUCUACACUCCUCUCAACACCCUCGCCCCCUUCUCAACCCCCUUUCCACCCUGCCAUCUGCUGCCCCCAUAUCCCACAGCCCCCAUCUCUGCCUGGGGCCACUGUGCUUGUGUGUGUGUGUGUGUGUGUGUGUGUUUGGGGGGGGUGGAUGCUUCUUCUAUCUUUGUGGGGACCUAAAAUCACCAAAAGUCCCCACAAGGAUAGUAAAAAGGAAAAUUCUCCCUUGUGGGGACCUUUCCCACAUCCCCAUGAGGACAAACGCUAUUUUAAGCUUAGGGGUUAGGGUUAAAGUUAGGGUUAUGGUAAGGGUUAGGUGUUAGGGAAAAUAGGAUUUUGAUUGGAAAUUAAUUGUAGGUUCCCACGAGGAAAGAAGAACAUAACGUGUGUGUGUGUGUGUGUGUGUUAUAAUCAGGUGGUGGGCCUCUGUGGUUGAUUCUCCGCUAAACCAGACCAUUUUAGCAACACUCUCGCUCUCCCUGUAUGGCAUCUCUCAUACACAUUUUAAUAACUUGUUUACUGUUCAAACAUUUAUAUGGGAUCGUCAAUGAAUCAUUAUGCAAUAUGGACCCUGCAGGUUUUGUAAGAGAUGACAGAUUCAGAAUGUUCCAGUAAGUUUCCAGUGCUCUGUGUCAGUCAGGGAUGACCUGCCAUAGACUUCUAUUCUAGCUCCAUACAGUUAUGACGGAUUGUGUUCUCUAAUGCUUCACUGGUUUCCUUCUUGCUCCCACUGGCUGUCCUCUUCUUACUCUCUGUGAUCACAGCCAGACAGACUCUGCACUAGAACCUCCCAGGAAUCUAUUGAAAGGAAAAUGCAUCUGUGGAAUUGAUUCAAAGCAAACCAAAUAUUGCUGCUACACAGUUGAUUGAAUAUGCAGAUAGUACAGUUCACAUAUUGAUUAAUUAGGUAACUUCCCUGCUGAUUUCGACUGGCCCUACUUCAGACAAAGUACUUUUUGUAUUUCUGCACAUGUGUGAGUGCAUGUCUGUUUGUGCCUGUGUUUCUGUGUGUGUGUGUGUGUGUGUGUUUAUGUCCUUGUCACAGUGUGUGUGUCUCUGUUUGUGUGUGUUUCUCUGAGUGUGUGUGUGUUGUAACCCUGCUGUGUUCUGCUGUAGCUCGGCAGAGUCUGAGGAGUUAGCGGUGCACCUGUACCCUGGAGCCGUCACUGUACAGGGAGUCCUACGACGCAAGACUGUCCUCAAGGAGGGCAAGAAACCCACGGUGAGAACACGCACACACAGAACAUACUGUACGUACAGACAGAGAGAAAACAUCCAAACUUGUACUGUACAGACAGAGAAGGACACACACACACAGCCAGCCAUCUGUUUUGUCAGGUUUGUCCCUGUAGCCCAGCAGUGCUGCACGUGUAGAGAUGUGUGGAACAGCCAACAGCCAGGCUGUAGAAACACUCUGAAUACUAAACAUAAUAGUACACCUCAGAGACCCGUAAAUACAUUAAAACCACCAGCUCCCUUUUCUGUUUCUCUGCCCUGUCACUGUGCUACCUCUGUUACUGUGCUACCUCUGUUCUCUGUGCUCUUUCUCUGCAGUAUUCCUGCCCUCUUCCUGCUCUCUCUUUCUCUUCCCGCUCUCUCGGCUGUCUCAUCUAUUGCCAUCAUCCUGACUCUUAUUUGUGUUAAAUGAGCUUCUCUCUGCUGUCUCUCUGGGAUGGAAACUCAUCUGGACAUGGUUAUAUGUCUGAGGCUGGCAGGGCUGACAUAAGGUUACGUAAGGGUGGCAUAAGGGUUACUGUAGGUGACGUAAGACCUGUUUUCUUUGAUGUAACAACUUCUUGGUCUAUCUGUAUGAUUCCCUCUCUCUCAUUCUUUCGCAUAUGCUCACACGCAACAUACACACAGUCAAAGCCACACUCCAUUAGUCUUUUAUUCAUCUCUGAGCCUGUGUUUCCUCUCAGCAGUUUAGAACAUAAAUGUUAUUCUCCAACCAACCAGUCCUGGAAAAACCUCCACCCAAACCAUCAAUGAACAUACUCUCUCUCUCUCCGUCCCUCCCUCUCUCUGUCUUGCUCUCCGUCUCACUCUCUCUCCAUAUUUACUUCUUUGUCCCGGUCUCUCUGCUGAAGCAAACAAGCGGAAAACAGAAUUAUAUCUACAGCCAACAUAACCCACAGAUUUCCACUAUAACAGCACUCUUAAAAUAAUGUAUAUUUGCGUCCAUACUGGUCUAUGUAGUUAGCCUAAACUCUGAUAUGUCAAUCUUCAAUAAUGGACUACAGUUAUAAGCAUAUCCUAUUGAUUUAUGUGUACGGUAUGUUGCCCUGAAACUAGUUGUGUGUAUAUUAGCUGUAUCUAUAAAGUUGUAUUGAAUUGAUAGACUGGUGUAAGUGACUACUGCGUGUGACCUAUAAACACUGACCUCUGACCCCUGUGUGUAUAGGUGGCAUCGUGGACCAAGUUCUGGGUGGCUCUGUGUGGAACUCAGCUCUACUUCUACCCUGCGAAGUCCCUAAAGGCCACAGAGAGAAAGCAUGUAAGUCUCUCUCACCCCUUCACAUCAAAUCUUCUCAGCCCUCCCACUCUACACCUCCCUCCCUCCAUCAUCCAGUCUCCCACCAUCAUCCAGUCUCCCUCCCUCACACCAUCCCCUUCCACACACACUGGGUUUCCAGACCUGGCCGUUGCUGCCUCAUUGUUCCAGUGUGAUAAAGCCAGCCAGCAAAUGAAGCAGAGGGAAAGAGGGAGGGUGCAAACAAGUGUGUGUGUUUGGACAGUAUCAGUUUGACAGGGGAACAGGACUCACACAGCAGAUUGGAAACUGCACAGGAGCUCAGAGGAAGGAGGGAGUGAGAGGAAUGAAAACUAGUGGAGCGCCUGAUGAAGGGAUGUUGUCAUGGGCCUGGGGGCUAGCGCAGUGGGAGAGCGAGAUGGAGAGAGGGAUGGAAGUAUUUUAAACGAGUGGAGCGGCAGCUGGUAGCACUCAUUGGAUAAUGAGACCAAGGAUAUAAUCCUAGUCCUCCGUGUCACUCACAGGGUAAUGGGGACCUCGUGGCAGGGAAACACACACAAUCACACACACACACACAGCGCCAUCUUCCCUACAAACUGAGUGCAGUCUGCAGAGACAAUUGUUUUCAAACUCGCACAAAUAUAAACAUUUUCUGUAGUUUGUCUUAGGUGUCAGAAAGAAUACUUGUAUAGGACUAUCAGCAAUAAUAUCAGAAUUCUUUCUCUCUCUUUCUCCAGUUCAAGUCAUCUAGCAGUAAGAGUGUGUGUGUCGUGGGGUUGAUGGCCAUCAUGGCUGACGACCCUGAACAUCCCGACGUCUUCCUGCUCACAGACUCUGAACAUGGUGAGACUACCUGUCAAUCAAACAGCCAAUCACAUACAGACAGGAGUGUUCCGCCAAACUACUUAUCUCCACUCCUCAGAUGGUCUGGAUGUCCUUAGUGUAAAACCUCAACACACCCCAUACAUACUCUCUCACACGCACUAUACACCCAUAUUGUAUGCAAAUGCAAUCACAUGCAUACACACGUGUGCACAGACACACACAGAUGAAGACAAGCGCACGCACACACACACAGGUUCCUGUCUGUCUGACCCAGCAGUAACCCUGUCUGCUAUGUGGACUGCAUGCCUUUCAUAUCUGACAGUCUGUCUUUUUCUUUCUACACACACACAGUCUCCGUCGCUCAUAUGUUCUGCAUUGCGGCAGCUUUACGGCUCCUGCUGUACACAGAUGGGGAUGGGAGACUAGAUUACUGUAACUGUACACGGCUGGACUGGGCAAGGCUGAUACAGAGUCUCUGGGCUGAAUCCCAGUUCUCUGCUACAGUGACAUUUUGUGACCGUGUGUCUCUGUGUUUCCUAGGUAACACCUAUAAAUACCAGGCAGGGAACAAAAUGAAUGCCCUGCUGUGGUUCAAACACCUCAGUGCUGCCUGCCAGAGCAACAGACAACAGGUAACAGACACACACACAUACACAAUCACCCACACAUAUACCCACACCCACCAGCCCUCACACUUUUUUCUCUCUCCAGGUCCCAGCCAAUCUGAUGUCCUUUGAA